AUGACCCUCGUCCACUACCUCGAGUCGUCGCCCGUCCAGGCUCUCGGCGCCCUCGCGCGCCUCCUCACCAGCCCCCUCGUCACCGGCGCCGCCCUUCUCGCCUUCACCCAGGCUCCUCCCGACCUUCGCGCCGACGCCGUCCGCCGGCUGUCCGCCGCCGCCGGCACCACCGUCGGCGAGCACAUCCGGCCGGAGACCAUCGAGCUGGCUUUGAAGGUCGUCUUUGGCUGGGGCCUCGUCAAGGCGGUCAACGGGGCGCUCAACUCGGCCGCGACCAACUCGUGGCGCUUCGGCAAGGCAUCCGGCUGGGACUGGCCGCGCGAGGUCGCCGUGGUCACCGGCGGCUGCAGCGGCAUCGGGCGCAACGUGGUCGAGCAGCUUACGGCGCGCGGUGUUCGGUGCGCCAUCCUGGACGUGCAGCCGCUGCCCAAGGCGCUCGAGGGCCACCGCCACAUCCGCUACUUCCGGUGCGACGUGACGAACCCGGACGAGGUGGCGCGCGUCGCCGACGCGGUCCGCGCCGAGUACGGCCACCCGUCCAUCCUGGUCAACAACGCGGGCAUCACGGUGCCCAAGAACAUCCUCGAGAUCCCGCCCGCCACGCUCAACAAGGUCUUCGCGGUCAACACCAUCUCCCACUGGUACCUGGUGCAGGCGUUCGUGCCGCACAUGGUCGAGGUGAACAAGGGCCACGUCGUCACCGUCGCGAGCAUGGCCUCGUUCGUCGCGCUGGCCAAGGGCGCCGACUACUCGGCGACAAAGGCCGCGGCGCUCGCCUUCCACGAGAGUCUCAACUCGGAGCUGCGCAACACCCACGGCGUCUCCGGCGUGCUCACCACCGUCGUCCACCCCAACUUCGUGGCCACGCCGCUCGUCAAGGACUUUAGCAAGGAGCUCGAGAAGGGCGGCAUUCGCUUGCUGACCAGCGAGGAUGUUGCCCGCCAGCUCACCGACCAGGUCUUUGCCUGCAAGGGCGCCCAGAUUGUCUGCCCGGAGAGGCUGUCCUUCAUCACGGGCUUCCGCUCCCUGCCUGCUUGGAUUCAGUUCCCGGUCCGCAACAUGAUUGCCGCCAACUCCAAGAACAUUUAA